CAACACCUAACAGUCCAGUUUCAUUUUGUGUUUCGCCCGUAGCUCUCACUUCCACGUAGCUCCCAGUUCUUAGAAACGAACUUAGUGAUAGCACACAUUAACACAAUAGAAGUAUCACCAACAAAUCGAAAACAUGCCCAACUUUAAUGGAGCUAUUAUAGUGCACACUCUUCAGUUGCUGAACUCGCCGGCUACACUGCGAGAAAUCGUGGUGACCAUAGCUAAGAACACAGAAUUGCCGCAGGAUGAGCUGAAAGCGCCGGUGAAACAAACCCUUGAGAUGGGUCAUCGUUUGGGAUUUCUGCAGAAACUCGACGGUCGCUAUUUUCUGGUGAAAAUGACCUUCGACGCUCUUAUUAAAGAGAUGCAUGCUCUGGACAAGGAAGAGAUCUUAGAAAAGCCCAAGAUAGCCAGAAACAAAAAGAAGUUAGUGCAGAAGAGUCCCUUACUUACGGGUAUGGAGAAAAAAGCCAGCAAGAAGACGGUCAAGAACCCAGAACCGGUGGUUAAUGUAACUCAAAAAGCUGGAGUGCAGGACAUUGCCAGUUCAUCCAAUAUCGUAAAACAAUCACCUAUGCUGACAAAGCCAAAGCGUUUCAAGUAGCCAACAUCACAGAACAGUAUAACUCCCCAGACAAACAGCGUAGUAACCCCAGAUAGUAUAAAUAUCUUUGUCCAGAGGACCUUCUCCUUUGGGCAUCAGGAUGGGAAAAAAAUUAUCUGUUCUGUUAUAUAAAGAUUUGGCCGUAAUAUCCAAAGUAUAAAAUUAAUUAUAUUAAACAGCAGCCUUUUCUUCAGAUUGAUAUCAUAGU